GAUUGUUUUGUGUUACAUACAAGAUGCGUUGCAUUGUUCUGUUGGUUAUUUUGGGCACUGUCGCAGUCAGUGGGCAAGCUGAUCUUCGGAUCCAAGGAGGCUCAGCCACCAGCAUCGCUACCUACCCUUAUGCAGCAGCUUUGCUCCGGUCGCCCACUGCUGCCAACUUUCGACUGACCUGCGCAGGAGUGAUUGUCAAUACGAGAUCCAUUUUGACUGCUGCGAGCUGUGUCGCUGGCGAUAGCACCUCAAGAUGGCGGGUGCGGGUCGGGUCGAAUUCCUCCAUCUCCGGCGGUCGUCUCCUGACAAUCAACCUCAUCAGGGUUCACAGCAGCUACAGAGCUGCUACCAGAGACUUUGAUAUAGCGAUGUUGAGGACUACCACUUCUUUUGUGCAGACCCAUCUGAUACGCGCUGCGAGAUUUGCUUCAAGCGGGUAUACUUUGGUGGCGCCACAAACUGUGACUGCUGUGGGGUGGGGGGCAACAGUGUCUGGGGGAGCUCCAGUGUCAACAAUCCGCCACGUUCGCCUGAACAUCAUCAAUCAGACCACCUGCGCUAACAAUUACCGCGGCCGAGGGAUCACUGUCACUGCCAACAUGGUAUGCGCGGGCUGGAUCGGCGGCCGAGGACAGUGUACCGGCGACACCGGAGGGCCCCUGGUCCACAAUGGAGUGGUGGUCGGUAUAUUCUCGCGUAGCAUCGGCUGUGGACAGGCCAACCUGCCUGGCAUUAACACUAGAAUCAGCCGGUUUGCUGGGUGGAUCACUAUCAAUAGAUUCUAGGGCGGUGUGCUGGUGAAGAUGGAGACUCCAUGCCACGCCAGGGAUGUUAUGGAUAUCCGUAACCGAAACUUUUGGAUAUCCGAAAUAAAAAGAUAUCCGAAACCGUAACCGAUUCAAAAGUUUCGGGUAGUUUCGGAUGUAGGCAGUUUAAAUUGUUUUUUGUAUAGCAUUAUGUAAAGGCAUAACAGCCUGAUUUACGUUUAUAAUGCCAUCUAGUAUCAAUUUUUAUUUCUUUUUAUUCGAUGUAAAGUGUGCGGCCAUAUUAUGAACCGUGUUGGACAACUAUUGCAAAUUGCAUUCUAAAGCACAGAUAUCCGUAACCGUAACCGAAACUUUCGGAUAUCCGAAAUAAAAAAAUAUCCGUAACCGUACCUAACCGAAAUCGAUAUAAUAUUAUUCCUAUCCCCCUUACUAAUAAAAAGUUACACAGUUGUUGAUCACUGUUUUAAAAUGUCAUUUCCAUACUAAACGUCACUUUAAAAUACUGUUCAACGAGCGUGUAAGUUUUAUAUUAGUAAGAGGGUACAUGUAAUCGUAUCCAUAACCGAAACUGCAUAUCCAUGUCCAUGCUGCACGCAUAGCAGACGGUCUGCGCAUAGGUGGAACAUGUCGGGAAAGGCCUCGCUACACCGGCUCCCACCUAUGUUCAACGAGACGGAGAUUGUGGAUUUUUAGUGGGUAGGCCCUCCCUUCUGGAGGAGAGAGCCUCAUAUAAACGUGGCGGGUAAGUACGCAAUGCAACUAAAUAGGCUUACAUUAGGGAUGUUAUGGAUAUGUAGUUUCGGUUAUGGAUACGGUUACGGAUAUAGGAAUAAUAUAUUAUACCGAUUUCGGUUACGGAUAUUUUUUUAUUUCGGAUAUCCGAAAGUUUCGGUUACGGUUACGGAUGUCCAUAACAUCCCUGGCUUACAUCCGUUUCAAGCUAAUGCCAUCCACUGCUGGACAAGACUUGACAAAGGCCUCCCACGGAUUUCCACCGAGUGGGAGCCCUACCUACACUACGUCUUCCAGUCUAGUCCGUAAGUCUAUAAUUUGGAUUUUGAUGAAAACUAGUAGUGUAAAAUCGGUGGUAGACCACCAACUUUUAGUUGGCAUAUAGUUGGGCCCGAUUCUAAUUUGUAUGAAGAAGCGGCCGAUACCAAAAUCGGUGUAAUGUGCGCACUUUCAUACAUCUCCAUAAGUCCAUACUGAUUAACAGCCCGACCCAACUACAGGCCAACUAAAAGUCGGUGGCCUAGGCUAAACUAACGACUUCGCGGCUUUAGCUAGUUUUGGUUUGGUGCAUGUUUAUAAUUGCCGUACCCUACAGGGCCUGUAAUGUUUUAGUGCGUUUUGGCUUAUAAGUUCAUAAAAUGAGCAAUAAAUUAGGUAUUGAGCAUUAGAUAUAAUAAGUUGACUCAAUAAUGAGUGUAGGAAGCAGCUUCACUGAAUGACUGUUGUUGUUUUUAGUGAAAAACCAUGUAUUAAAUAAAAAAUUAGCAAAUGUAAAUAAAUAAACCGACAUUGUAAAUACAAAAACUUUAAUAAGCAAAAAAUAAAUUAAUUAACAAACAA